AUGAGCCGCUCUGAAUCUCACGAACAAUUACCUGCCCCAUCUCGACGAACUUUGGAAAAGGCCCCUGUUACCGUGUCGCCGUUCCGUUCUGUUCGUCAGAUGAAAGAACCUUUUCAACUAAAGCUUCCUCACUCACCCUCCUUUGAAAAUAACCUGAUGUCAAGCUCGCUUUCGAACCGAGAAGCCAAAGAAGACAAAUCACAACCUCGAAGUCUUCAGUCGCCAAUCGGCCUUCCUCCUUUGCGCACCUGCAGAUCAGACCAGAACCUGGUCGCGGGUGCUUUGGAGACAUUUGGGCUUCUACCUAGUCCCACGUUGUCCGAAUCUAGACUUACAUCUAAGCUCAAUACUGCACGAAGGGACUUCCAUUUCAAGGACAAGCCGCUUCCAGUUCCUAAAUGCUUGUGCUAUAUGGCAACCCAGAAAUGCGAAUUCUGUACAACAGAAGUCGUUCGUGAAACGACACCGCCUGUUGAUAUCGUGGCCGGAAAUUUUUGUCAGACCGAAAUACCUGAGGAAGUUCCGACGCAAACGUUGGCUCCUAGUUUUUCUUCGCAAGAAAUGCGCAACCCGACCUCGACGCCACAGAUGCAACAGCUCAACGAGAUCAAGUCUCCGCCGACCUCGUCGGCCAAGAACCACAAGCGGUCGAGAACAACCACGGUAUCGAGUGCAGCCAGCUGGGUGCCGGAGAACUUGACAUAUUGCGAGGAUUGGCUUCAGAGGGUUCCUCUAGAGACUCCGGAGCGUCAAGAUGGAAGAGGGCGGGAAGUCAAUAGGCGCAAAUUCCAGAUAGUACAACAGAAUGAUGAUCCUUUCCCAAUAAGCCGGCCGACUCAUCAGACUCGAAAACCUGCUGAUUUGAGUAUCGAUACUGAUGCGGCUAAUAACCCGGUGAUGCUUGCUGUAGCCAGCAAAACUAAGCCGAAGCUUGUCGACAUAUCUCGACCCUCGUCAUCUGGGACGACAUUUUCUGUCCCUAUCCACCCACCACCUUCAUGGAGGCGACCCUCCACGCCCGAACAACGAAGUAUAAAUGAGAUAUCUGCUUUUAGUCCAGACACUCCUCAAGACAUACCGGAUAGCGGCUAUGUCACACAACAAUCCAACCGAUCCUCAGACGAAAGUCACGAAUUCAGAGAUGACGAAUAUGAUACAGCUUUUGAUGUUGCUGCAACUACAUCGUCGUCAGAGCCGACGUGCAAUGUUUCAUUUGUGACGGGUAUUUUUAGUGAUCAAAAACCCAAACAUAGGUGUUAUAUGUCGUCUUACAAUCGCCACAAACCUACAUCCAAUCAUAAAAAAGAUGAGCAGCCACGGACACCUCCAGCAGUAUCUCCUAAAACCGUCGACCAAGAAACGCUGGUGAAGUUUUGGGACUACGAAUGGACACUUGACCAACUCGAAGACUCUAUCAAGGAGUUCCCAAAAUACGCCCUCCGGCUGACAUCACCGGUCGUCAUCUUGAUUCGCCAGAAUCACGAAAAUGCAAUCACCCGACCAUUUAAGAAAAUCUUCUCUACCGCGCCAGACAAUCUUAUCGACUAUCUCUGUGCAGCAUUGAUUGCAAGAAAUUACCUUGUCUCGAUGGCAUCAACGCAUCAUAAUCGCCUAAACAGCAGCCCACCUUCGCAUACCAUCUCACAAUUCAACAAUCAUAGCAACAACACCAGCAGCAAUCUUUCAAAGCUCGACAGCGUCCCCGAAAAGGCCAGGGCAACACUCGGUCUUGCUUUUCCCACCAAUUCAAGCAAGUUGAACUUGAACAUCCCGAACCAAUCAAUGGGGGCUCGAAGUCAUGAACUUCAAAAAGGUCUUGACCGGAUUGUAGAUAAGCUACUCUUCUCAAUCUGCGGUCGACACGAUGAUACACUGAAGGCAUCAGUGACUGUUCUGAUGCAAGUUCUCGAGCCAAAGGACUUGAAGGCUUGA